UUUAACUAAACAUCUGUUACACUCUCAUAAACUGUCCUUUCGUGAGUUAUUAAAUACACGUCACGUUUAUAUCUCGCUACGUAUGCACAUGCGCAGACAAGCCAAACAAGCCUCAUAAUAGUAAAUACAAAGAAAUAACUUUGUUUCAUAAUGAAUUUUACAGACAGCUUACGCUGUUUAGAUUAAUAUCUUAAUAAAUAUAGUUUUUUGUAUAAUGUGGAUUAAACCCACAGAAGUUGUACUUGCCAAUGCGUUGUGGACAACAGAAAGAGCAAACCCAUAUUUUGGGUAUCAAAGAAGAAAAGGACAUCAAGAUAGAGGAUUUACUUCGUUGUUAGUUGGUACUUUUGACCAUGUUUUGGAUUCAAAGCCUCCACCAUUUAGAAUUAUAUUGCAAGCAAGAUUUUCAUCUGAGGCUAACUAUGUGGUUGCAACUGCAACAAAACGUAAAGAUAUGGAUGAUGAUUGGAAAUGGCUUGAGAAACAUUUGCUUCCAACUUUGGAAUCCUUUGAUAAUGACAAUGAUGCUAAAGAGUUUGUGAAGGCAAAGAUCGAAAGCUUAGUAGCUCAAAAUGAAGCAAAGAAUGGACCCAAAGUAAGUAAUAUGAUUGUCAUGAUAAAGAUAAUUGUAAUAUGUUAUUGUAGAAACACCGAGUCAGCAAAGUUUCAGUCAGCAUUUGCAAAAUUCCAAAGAUUAUUUCAUAUGAACCAAGAGGAGAAACUAGUUAAUUAUUACUCAUGCAGCUAUUGGAAAGGUGUUGUUCCUCGUCAAGGUUGGAUGUAUCUAUCUAUAAAUCAUUUAUGUUUUUAUUCUUUCCUUAUGGGACGUGAAGCAAGACUUGUUAUUCGCUGGACUGAUGUGACUAAAUUAGAAAAAAUGAACACUGUUCUCUUACCUGAUGGUAUUAAAGUUUCAAUGCGUUCUUCUCAACAUUACUUUACAUUAUUGAUGCAUUUGUCAGAAACAUUUUCUUUGAUGGAACAGCUUGCAAACAUUGCAAUGAGAAGGUUGCUAGCAGAGAAAGGAUAUGAUAUAGAGUCAAUGAUGUCACUGCCCAGUACCAAAGAGCAGAAAAAACGACGAAAGAAAUCAGUAUCUAUGUUAAAGAGAGAUUUAGAUGCGAGAGCAAGGAGUGAACAUUAUCGAAUUCUUUUUCGUCUACCGAGCGACGAAAAACUGGACGGUGAUUGUGAAUGUACCAUUUGGAGUCCUCAUUCCAAGUCGACUGUCUGGGGAAAUUUGUAUUGCUCAUCGAAUUUCAUUUGUUUCGCUAGUAAGGUCCGUCAUUUGGUCUCUGUUGUCAUUCCAAUGCGUGAGAUCAAUGUCGUAGAGAAAGCAAACAGUCAUUCGUUACCUAACGCCAUGCACAUUACUACAAAGUCCAAAGCAUCAUUUUUAUUUGCGUCGUUUGCAACUUUCAAAGAUUGUGAUUAUCUUGUUAGAAGGAUCUCUGAUUUUCUUGCUCGUAUUCCCACUCCAAAGAACAGUGCUGCAAAUCCAAAGACAAAAAUACAAUCACCACUCACCAAAAUGUUCUCACAUCGUUGUUCAAGUCAAGUAAAUGUCAAAGAACCUGUUAAAGAACAUCUUUGGGAUUUACAUUUUGCUGAAUUUGGAAGAGGUGUGUGUAUGUAUAGAACUGUUAAAACCCACGAACUGGUAUUGAAGGGAAUUCCGGACAGUUUACGCGCGGAAAUCUGGUUAAUAUUCUCAGGCGCUGUGACAGAGAUUGUGAGCCAUCCAGGUUAUUAUCAGUCUUUGAUCGAUGAAAGUUCUGGUCAGCUGACAAUAGCUAGCGAGGAAAUUGAGAGAGACUUACACAGAUCUCUUCCUGAGCAUCCUGCUUUCCAGUCUAAUCUUGGAAUCAAUGCUUUACGUCGAGUUUUAACGGCUUAUGCAUGGAGAAAUCCAACAAUAGGAUAUUGUCAAGCAAUGAAUAUUGUUGCCUCUGUAUUGUUGCUUUAUUGUAACGAAGAAGAAGCCUUCUGGUUAUUAGUUGCAGUUUGUGAGAGAUUACUGCCGGAUUAUUAUAAUACCAAGGUUGUAGGAGCCUUAGUUGACCAAGGUGUUUUUGAGGAACUUAUUCGUGAAAAUAUUUCUGAACUUUACGAUCAUUUACGUGAACUUGGUAUUCUUCAUAUGAUUUCACUCUCGUGGUUUCUCACUCUGUUUUUAAGUGUCAUUCCCUUUGCUAGUGCUGUCAAUGUUGUUGAUUGUUUUUUUUAUGAUGGAGCAAAGGUAAUAUUUCAAGUGGCAUUAGCUAUUCUGGAUGCAAACAGAACGAAACUGCUUUCCACAGACGAUGAUGGUGAAGCUAUGACGAUUCUCUCGAAUUUUCUUGACAAUAUUACGAACAAGGAAUAUGAUUCACCUUUUAAAUCUGUUGCAUCAUCCAUAAGAAACUCUGGACCAUCCCCUGGGAACUAUUCAAUGGAUGUUUCACAGCUUAUUUUGGAGUCAUAUCAAAAGUUUGGGUUCAUUACUUCAGAACAAAUUGAACGCUUACGUAACACACAAAGACUUAAAGUUGUUCAGGGAAUGGAAGAUAACGUGCGUAAAACAGUGGUUCGUAAUGUUUCUGAAGUAUCAAAAUUUACCGUGAAUGAAUUGGAUCUAGUCUAUCGUCUUUUAAGGAUGGUCAACUUCAAAGUCGUUCAUGGGGUGAUAAAACAGAGCCAAAAUUUGAAAUCGAUUCCAGUAAACUACAGCGUAGAAUAUGACCAGUUUAAAAUUUUAUUUAAAUGUCUCACUAAGUGGGGACGUACUGAAGCUGGAAAUAAUUUGUCUGUUAGAGCUUUCAGACUUAUGGACAGAGAUGAAGAUGGUGUGAUAAACUUUAGAGAAUUUGCUACAACUCUUGGAUUGAUUUGUCGUGGUAACCUUCAGGAGCGUCUCAAUCUCAUGUUUCUUCUUCAUCUUCCACCUGCACUACCGCUUUAUGAACUGGACAUUAGCAACACAAAGGAGGAGGACGAAGAAUUGGAUAGCUGUACUGAAGUCGAUGAAUCUGAUGACGUAUGUGAAUAUGAUGGGAUUAAUAACAGUACUGGUGAUAUUUUAAUGGAUCCAUUGGGAGCAGGUGUUGUCGUUAUUGACGGUAAGGAAAGUAAACAAUACAACAGCAUUGACGAUGAAUCUUCAUCUCACUACUAUUCAUUUAAAUCCAAAGUAAAAUCAUCUGAAUCAGUCGUGGGGGACUCGGUUAAUGAUUCAUCUGAAUUAAAAAACUCCAAAAAGUUUUGGGAAAUUUCCAAAAAUUUUGAAGACAUUUUAACGCAUGAUUCCGAAACUUCUAUGGAUGGCGCCAAUACCAAGGAUUUUGAUUCGUCAUUUCCUAAUCAUACGAAACCAACACACGAGGAUCAUACGAUUCAUUCCGAAAUGAAAAAUUUAAAUCUUGAGUCAGGAAAAGACUUUUCCAUUAAUGAUGAUGUGUGUAAGGGUUCAACAGGUGUAUAUAAUGUUGUCGAAGGAUCAACAUCUAGUUUUGGAGAUGAAUGUGAAAUAAUGUCUAAAGAUGAUGUUGACGAAGAGAAAGCAAUGAACCAAAAACAGUUUAUUCAUAUGUGGAAGACUUUGUAUUCGUUGUUUCGAGACCUACCUAAUGAACAAGAUAUGUACAGAGCAAUUGCUUCUGUAGGAACUUUACUUCUAAAUUUAGGAGAAAUCUCAUCGGAAAAAUCAGUUGAAUUGACAUCAAAUCAACGUCCAUGUGUUUCAGAGGAUAUAUCAAAAUUGUCUCUUGAUGAUCAAGACAAAGUGCAAAACUCCAAAGGUCCUGCCCGUGAAAAGGAAGAAUAUUUUUGCAAUGAAAACCUGUCUUCAGAAGAUGAUAUUCAUCAGCAAAGAGUGUGCAAAGCAUUGGCUGAUGCAGCUACCGACAUUGUUACGACUAUUCACGACAAUGAUACGAUGAACGUGGAACGUAUUCCAAUUGGAAAUGAUGAAGGUCACUUCAGUGGUUCUGAUAUUAUUGCUUUAGCUGAUGAGUCUGAAUCACAAACCACUUCAGAUCUUUCCUCAAAAAUAUUGAAUUUUUCACAAACAAACACGGAUACAUCCCAUAACAUCACUUCUUGUGAAAAUUCAACGCUAUUCCUUAAAAGAGAUGAUUUUGGAAAAGGUUGUGUGGAAAAUGUUUCUCACCGUUCACGAAGUAACUCGAUGCGAAGACGAUCGUCAGGUAACGUUGAUCCUUAUUGGUGCAUCACGUUUAAACAGUUUUUUGCUUCGAUUCACACGGAACCAUUGUUGGUUGAGUAUUUUGAAGAACAAAUAAACAUUGAAGAAAUCAUAACCACUGUUAAAACAGAAGGACUUGGAGAUUUUUUGAGAAAUCCUCGACGAUCCAAUAGUCUUGAGUAAUUGAUACAAUCAUAUCUCUUAUAAAACAUAUUUGAUUUAUUUCACAAUUUCUUGGUAUUUAUUUUCCUUGAUUAUAAAUCUUGACAUUUUUUCCUUGAAAAUCUAGGAUUGCCAUCAUUGAUAUGUUUUAUAUUCUUCAGUAUUUGCAUUCUUUUUAAGGAUUUUUCCAUAUUUACUUGAAGUCAGUCAUCAAAUCUAGCUGUUUCCAUAGAACGAGUAGUGCCAAUGUAUAUUUAUUAAUUAGGUAGCGGUGUUUUGUAAAUUAAUAAAUAUUUAAUUGAAUUGAA